AGCCGCCUCUGGUUGAAGGAAAGUGUCGUAAAACUAUCACGCUUGACGACAGUGUUUUUACUUCCUCAGAUCGAGGAGCUGUUGUAAAUAACCGCGUUAUUUUUGUACAGUCAAAGCUUUAACUGACGCUUUGGCUCAGAUUGCGGACGGUCAACCGAAAAUAUUUAUACAUAAAUGUAUAUAAACACAUACUCCCGCGAAUUCGUCACGUAUUGUAUUGUUCGUUUUCAGUGCGUGUUGUCAAUGAGACACGUGUUGGGCACUUGCUAGCAGUGAAGAUGAGGAAACGACCAAACAUCCUGUUGACAGGAACCCCUGGCGUUGGAAAAACAACCCUAGGAAAGGAGCUGGCUCAGCGGUCAGGACUCACAUAUGUUAACAUUGGUGAUCUUGCUAAGGAAGGAGAUCUCUAUGAUGGUUUUGAUGAAGAGUACCACUGCCCUAUUUUGGAUGAAGACAGGGUCGUGGAUGAGCUUGAAGACAAGAUGGCGCAUGGUGGUGUGAUUGUAGACUAUCAUGGUUGUGACCUGUUCCCUGAACGCUGGUUCCACAUUGUUUUUGUCCUGCGGACGGACAACACUCAGCUGUACACGCGGCUUGAAAACAGGGGCUACACGGGCAGGAAGCUGAAGGAAAAUGUGGAAUGUGAAAUCUUUCAAACCAUCUACGAGGAGGCCAGGGAGGCCUACAAAGAGGAGAUAGUCCACCAGCUGCCCAGCAACACACCUGAGGACCUGGAAAGCAACGUGGAGCAGAUACUUCAGUGGACGGAACAGUGGAUGAAGGACCACAAUUAGAGUCAGAGAAAGAUGCUAAACACUGCUAUGCACUGCUACGUAAUCUCUCAGUGUAUUUGAUCAUAAAGCAAAUGGAACGCUACUUCAUUCAACAUUGUGAGAUUGGAUAAUACUUAUUUACUCCUACUCCUUUUCCAUGCCCAUUCCUGAUAAUUUGCUCACUUCCGGUCUUGCGGAACAGAGCCAUCAAGGAAUAGAAUCCCACUCAAAUACAAGAGUAAAAAAAGAGGCGUCCUGAAAAGCACUGUAUAAAUCCAUUAUUAUACCCAGUAGAAAUGAAUUAUGAACUAGAAAGUGUUUGUUACAUUUUUACUAAAUGCAUUGAUGACCA